AUACAACUUUGUCCUUCAUAACCGAAGCACUCAUUGCAGAGGUAGCGGGGUCCAAAUGGGUAGGCAAGCACAACUUGCCGUGGACGCAGCUGACAUGGUUCUGCAAAGCUCAAAGCCAUACACGAGUAUCGGGCUAUACCGCGAGGGCGUCAUACCGGACGCAUCUCAGGCCUUGCAGGCGCAGGGAAUUGCUCGAGACCUAGGCUCUGAACUGGAUAGCGUCGAUGCGGCGAUUCGCCGUUUGCAUGCUCUGCGCGAGACACUCGAAGUCCGCCUACAGUUCACCCGCGCAUAUCUCGCGUCAGUGCGCCGGCUUCCGCUGGAGCUGCUAUCCGACAUAUUCAUCUACUCCGUGGUAGGCCAAGAAGAUCCGACCAUGAUAGCCCUUACGACGCUCUCUCACGUCUGCUCGUCGUGGCGUACUGCCGUUUGGAGCACGCCUGAGCUUUGGACGCACAUUAGCGCGCCGAAAUCUGCACCGCUCGAGCUGAUCUCCACGGAAGUCUCCCUUUCUGGCCAGCGCCCACUCUCCGUGGACAGCAGGCUGAUCAGAAACUGCCAGUCUCUGAAGUCGGUCCUUGCCGAGCUCCUACCGCAUGCAGCUCGGUGGAGGGAGACUUACCUCGAGGGAAAUUGUCGCAAUUACGCCCCCAUAUCACCCCCGGACUUUCGCAUAUUGUACUCGGCCUCCAUAUACCUGACGUCGCCGUUCUUUCAGAACGACAAGCCUCUGAAGUUCCUGGCUCGUGCAUCGGAGCUACGAGAGUUGGCGUUAAUCAUCGCGCUCAAGGUCGGGGAGUCCUCUGCCCUCCCGGAAAUCUUGGGACUGCCGCCACUUCAUCUCACAAAGCUCUCGUUACGGCUAGGAUACCGGUUCGAUGGACCCAUCGC